AUGGAUGAUAUUGAUCAAUCCUCUCGAGAGGGCUCCGCGAACAUGUCUUCUUUGGGCGAAGAGGUGCCAGGUGAUUUAGCUAAUGAUGAUUGGCCUAUCAACUCCAUUCACCUUAUUUCACAAAUGGAUGAAAAAGAGAGCGAUAGUUACAGGCCCUCAGACAAUGGGAUGACGCUGUGCGAAGCAGAAACCUCCCUAGUGGAUGAGGCCCCAGAAUCAACUAUUAAUUCUAGCGCAACUGAAAGAUGCCUAGAAAAUUCAGAGAAUUCUGAAGUUGGAAAAACGUUUACCCCGAGUCAUCCAACGGAAUCUGAGAUUACUCAUUCCCUUAUUGAAUCACAAGUCAUAAAAGAGGACACUCUAUCAUCCAUUGUGGAUAGUCAUCCAUCUAAAGAUUUAAUGAGUUCAGAAACAGAAAGUGGACCAGCAUUAAUCACCGUUUUGGAAUCAACAGAAGGGUCACAUCGACUGGCGGAAGCCCAACCAAUUGAUGUGGCAAGUAAGUCUUCAGACCGCGGAUCUCUUGACUCGAGGCCUGUAACUAAAAACAGUGAAUCACGUGAAUCUCAAGAAAGUGAUUUUAAUGUCACAGAUCAGGAGGAGGACACCCUUUUGCCGAAGGGUAAUGCAUAUAGAGGAGAUUUACCGGUUAUAACAAUAGAUGAGACAGAUCCUCCAAACAACCAAAAGGUAGGAAACAAUAAUAAUAAUAACAAUAAUAAUAAUAUUGAGUGCAAUCACACACAGUCUUGUGAACCUGGAAAUACUGAGGAGGUUAAGAGUGCACGGAUGGGAAUAGAAAGAGAAUUGAACCUAGAGGAGUUUGCUGAUCCAAUGGAAGCAGCAUCACACGAUGAAGAUGGGGGCGAGACCUUAGAUCCGGCCCGAGCUAAAGCAGUGCAUUACACAACUGAACUUCAAACAGCUACAGUCUACACUGCGCCUGUGGAGUUCCCAACUUUCCAAACCGGUAAUAGUGAAUUCAAGAUCAACAAAGGUGAUGAAGAAUUGGAGCUGGCUAUGGUCCAAUCCACCGAAAUGACUGACCCAAUUCCAUGGUUGGAAUUUAAAAAUGGAGAACUUGUUAAAUUGUCCGCAGAGCCAGCUGCCACCAACUAUGAACUGGAAACUAAAUACAUUGGUGUAGAAACGCAGAUGAAUUUGAUUGAUGAAUCGCAAUUCGGAAAAUUACCAACACUGAAUGCAAAGUCGUCAUUUGGUUCGGGCGAUGACAAGGAGAAUAAAGUACUACCGUGCGCUGAAACGAACUGCUAUGAUGCGCCACAGACAAACAGAAAGAAUUAUGCAAUUGAAGAAAAAGAAUCAAACACUUCAGAUGGGGAACUCGAUUUUGAUACUAGAUAUGCUCUCUUUGUUGAAAAGAUCCUUCCUGGUCACGAAAUUUACUACACGCCUUCAGCCAACUCGAAGAAGAAGCAAGUUACUUUUCGUCGCGGAGGAACCUUGGAUCAGCGCCAUAUUGUUUCGGGCAGUUCACCGCUUUGGGAUGCCUUGGUCAAUAUAGUAGGUUAUAAAUCGGCAACACUGGAGGCACCACUUCGCUCUCGACUUCGGCUGCAACCGAAGCCAGCAGUUAACGAUGACCACCUCUUCCCGGACUCGGUCACCCCCUCGAAGGUGGAGAAGGCGCUCAGCGAGGACGACACUAGCGCCUCUAAUGAGGAGGGCAAUCGGUAUGACGUGCCCUUCAUGGAUGAUGACGCAUUUGUGCCAAAAAAAUAUCGAAGCGUUGUGGUGGUCGAAGACGAUUGCAGUAGCGAAUCUGACUACUCGGAUGAGAGGAGAAAUCUGCUGGGAACAGAGCACUUAGCCAAAAUGGAUGAAACCUCAUCACAUAUCGCCUUAUUAUUGUAG